GUAAAGAAACCGCCGCAUGUUUUGGAUGAAAAGUGCACGUGUUGCAACGUUAAUUUAACAAACAAAUCAUCAUGGAAGUUUUAGGAAUGGAUCAAGAUGUACCUAUACCUAAAUCAAGUGAAAAGAAAAAGAAGAAAAAGCGAUCUUUAGGGGAUGUUCAGAUGGAAGAGACAUUCUUCGUUGCCCCAUCAGAAAAACCACCAACGUUAAAUUGCAAAGACUGGCCUCUCCUUCUCAAAAACAUAGACAGUUUAAAUAUAAGGACAUCACACUACACUCCUUUGGCAUGUGGUAGCUCUCCUCUACAGAGAGAAAUAAGGGAGUAUAUGAAAUCUGGAUUUAUCAAUCUGGACAAGCCAUCUAACCCUUCAUCACAUGAAGUUGUUGCAUGGCUGAAAAGAAUGCUGCGGGUGGAGAAGACUGGACACAGUGGAACUUUGGAUCCUAAAGUGACAGGAUGCUUAACGGUCUGUAUUGAGCGUGCUACACGACUUGUGAAGUCUCAGCAAUCUGCCGGAAAGGAAUACGUCUGCAUUUUUAAACUUCACAAUUCAGUACCUGACCAGUCUCAUGUUCUGAAGGCCCUUGAACUACAGACAGGAGCUCUCUUCCAAAGACCACCCUUAAUAUCUGCUGUGAAAAGACAGUUGCGUGUCCGGACAAUAUAUGAAGUAAAACUCCUAGAAUAUGAUAAUGAAAAAAAUCUUGGCAUAUUUUGGGUUAGCUGUGAAGCUGGUACUUAUGUACGAACCAUGUGUGUGCAUUUGGGCUUGACUCUUGGUGUUGGGGGCCAAAUGGCAGAACUAAGAAGAGUACGAACUGGUAUCCAGCAUGAAACAGAAAACUUGUAUACUAUGCAUGAUGUGUUAGAUGCAAUGUGGGUGUAUGACAAUUUCAAUGAUGAAUCAUAUCUAAGAAGGGUAAUACAACCUUUGGAAGCUUUGCUGACUACCCACAAAAGAAUAGUAAUGAAAGACAGUGCAGUUAAUGCAAUUUGUUACGGUGCAAAGAUUAUGCUGCCCGGAGUUCUCAGGUAUGAAGAUGGUAUUGAGCUUAAUCAAGAGAUCGUUGCCAUAACUGUCAAAGGUGAAGCUAUUGCACUGG